CAAACUUCUCCUUCCUUCGUUCUCCUCCCUAGCUCGCUGCUGCUCCUUCCUUCGUUCUCCUCCCUAGCUCGCUGUUGCUCGCUGCCGCCGCUGCUUCGUGCUCAAAUCUCUAUUUAAGAAAUGAGUUAGAUGAAGUGAUCUUAGGUGCACUGACGAACUACAACGUUCUCUAUCUUAAAAUUGGAAUCUUGAAGCUAUUUCUUGUCAUGUACUUUCUACCGGAUGAAGGGGAGUAAAGCAAAAGCUUCUAAUUCCCAAAGUCAGCUUCCAGACUAUGAGUUACAAAGGCUUAGAAAAUUGAAGCAUAAUGCUGAAAGAAUGUCAGCCCAAGGAUCGGGAUCCUUGGCGAAUAAGAUAUUGCAACAAAAAACACGCAACAUACUUUGUUCGAGUGUGAGGCAGACAGAUGAUGGCUCCUCAGGAGACUCUGAUAUGGAACAAGAAACUCUUGGUAUUGAAAAAAGACAAGUAUGUGAAAAGGUCUCUUCUCAACAACAUCCAGUUCCUACACGGGAAAUUCAAAGGAAGCAGCAAGAACAACAAUUGGGGUCAACAAAGGCAUCUGUGAAGAAAAGAGCGUUCUGUUCUCCUGGCUCAAUGUCAGCCUACCUCGAGUUUUGGAAACGACAAAAGGAUGAAGCGCUGAUGAUGAGCAGUGAGGUGCAUGAAAAAGGGCAAAAUUAUGAUGAUGAGCAGCUGAAUGAGACCGAUUGUGCUCUUCAGUUCGAUUGUGAGGGCAAUGAAGCAGUGGAACGAGCAAUUAUGGCACAGUUUGGAAUGGAAGUGUUUAUUACCACAGAUCCACCAAGUGAAUUGUCCUCGAAAAGGAAAAAACAUCGAGGUCGAACAAUGCUCCACAGAGUUCACGCACGUUCAAGAGAGGAGCGUCCUGUGAUUGUUCUGAACUCAUUAGGUCAGCCAGUUGGACCUACUAAGGAGAUUGUGCAAGAGUUCAAGUUUUUUCUGGGAACGGUGGCAAGGGAUUCCGAACUUGCACCGCUUAACUACAGAAAUUUUCCUAGCCUACCGACACUUGAUAAGAUAUUGGAUUAUGUCCAGGAGAAGUAUAUGGUCCCCCAUGCCGGGUUAAAUUGGGUGAUGGAUACUGUAAAUAGUUGUUGGAAAUAUUAUAAAUGCCAAAUCAAGAAGAAACACUUAUAUGCAUAUGAUACGGAUGAUUUAAGGUGGGAACAUAAACCAGAUACAAUCUCCGAUCAGAUGUUCCUAGAUCUUCUACAAUAUUGGCAUACCGAUGAGGCGAAGGCAAUUAGCCAAAGCAACAAAAGCAAUCGUCUAAUGUUAGAUGAUAUGCACACUUUGGGACGCAAAUCAUAUGCUAUUUUACGCCAUGAGUUGCAACAACAAGAUCCAGACAAGAAAGAACCUUCUCAAGCAAAGGUUUACAAGGAAUCAAGAAAAAGAAGUGCUGAAAGGACAUACAUUAGCAGCUUUGAAAAAGCAAAAGAGAAUAUUGACAAAAUUGAUGCUUUGGAGUCAGCACAAUCACAAGAAGAUGGUAAUGUAUGCAAUGACCCUUACAGUGAAGUGAUUCCACCUCCUAAAUGCAAAAGUCGUUUGCAUCUAUAUGGCUCGGGUGUGAAGAAGAGUGAUUUGAAGAACAAAGAUACAAAGUCAAAUUACAUACUCCCGGAGGAAUUCCUGGUAGGCAUAGAAACACAAUUAGUCCAAGAAAUUGCACCUACCAUCACCGCUGCAGUUUUGGAUUCGAUUCGCGAGGUGAACCCCGGGAUUAAUCUUGUGGUUCCUAGUACUCUACAGCAAUUGACUCCGCAUGAUGCAUCUAGCGCACCAGAUCGAAAUACUGCCCAAAGUGGACAAUCUUCAAAAUCAUUUAAUCAGGUGCUUGAUGACGAUGAGCUACCCCGGGAUGAAUGAAGUAAGGACUAAUGUUGAUUUUAUGUAUCUAUUGCAACUUCUAGAGAGCUUUCACAUUAAACGUUUGUUAAUUAAUUAGCUAAUGAACUUUCAUUUAUAAUUAGUUAGUAUUGACACUUCGUUUACUUUUGUAAUGUAACGAAUAUAUAUUAUAUGUACUUCGUUUAUUUUGUAAUGCAACGAAGAUAUAUUAUAUGUA